ACUCAUCAGCUGAACAAGCCUAAUCCAAUUAAAGUGGCAGUUUGUCUGUUGUCUCUCCUAAGCUUGCAGCUAGGUCAGGAUAUUUUUGAGUACUCCAGCUAGAGGAAGAGGUGUGCACCAUGUCUAUUAUUAAGAUCCACGCCAGAGAGAUCUUUGAUUCUCGUGGAAACCCCACAGUGGAGGUUGAUCUCUACACUGACAAAGGUCUGUUUCGGGCUGCUGUUCCCAGCGGUGCUUCUACUGGGAUCUAUGAAGCUCUGGAGCUGAGAGACAAUGACAAGUCUCGCUUCCUGGGGAAAGGCGUCUCCCAGGCUGUCGAACACAUUAAUUCAACUAUUGCCCCUGCACUGGUCAGUGAGGAUGUUUCUGUGGUUGACCAAGAGAAAAUUGACCAGAUGAUGAUCGAUUUGGACGGCACCGAGAACAAAUCCAAAUUUGGUGCGAACGCCAUCCUCGGUGUUUCUCUGGCUGUUUGCAAAGCUGGCGCUGCAGAAAAAGGCGUUCCCCUCUACCGCCACAUUGCUGACCUGGCAGGUAACCCUGAGGUCAUCUUGCCUGUGCCGGCCUUCAAUGUGAUCAACGGCGGCUCUCACGCUGGUAACAAGCUCGCCAUGCAGGAGUUCAUGGUCCUGCCUAUCGGUGCCAGCACCUUCAAGAAAGCCAUGCGUAUCGGAGCAGAGGUUUACCACAACCUGAAAAAUGUCAUCAAGAAGAAAUAUGGACAGGAUGCCACGAAUGUGGGCGACGAAGGCGGCUUUGCUCCAAACAUAUUGGAAAACAAGGAGGCUCUGGAGCUCCUGAAAGAGGCCAUUGCUAAAGCUGGGUACACAGAGGAGGUCGUGAUCGGCAUGGACGUAGCUGCGUCAGAGUUCUACCGGGACGGAAAAUACGACCUGGACUUCAAGUCGCCUGACGACCCGAGCCGCUACAUCUCCCCAGAUGAGCUGGCUGAUCUCUACAGGAGCUUUGUGAAGGAUUAUCCAGUGGUGUCCAUUGAGGAUCCAUUCGACCAGGACGACUGGGCGGCCUGGACCAACUUCACAGAGAGUUCAGACAUCCAGGUUGUCGGAGACGAUUUAACUGUAACGAAUCCCAGCCGCAUCUGCAAGGCGGUGGAGGAAAAGGCCUGCAACUGUCUGCUGCUCAAAGUCAAUCAGAUUGGAACAGUUACAGAGUCAAUGAAGGCGUGUAAGAUGGCCCAGGAGAGCGGCUGGGGUGUGAUGGUGAGCCACCGCUCCGGGGAAACUGAGGACACCUUCAUAGCCGAUCUGGUGGUUGGACUGUGCACAGGACAGAUCAAGACGGGGGCUCCUUGUCGUUCUGAGCGCUUGGCUAAAUACAACCAGAUCCUGAGAAUCGAGGAGGAGUUGGGGGACAAGGCGCAGUUUGCUGGGAAAAACUUCAGGAAUCCUGUAAUUGAGUGAAUGAGACAUUUUUACUGGUGAAUGCAAAAAUGUGUGUGAACACUUCAGUUUAACAAUUAGAUGUGCAGAAGUCCUUCUCUCAGUAAGUAAAAACUACCAGCCAUGUCAGCCAUGAGCUCUGGUGACGAAAAUAAUAGAUCUGAUUGUAGUACAAUAUUGUUUUCACAACAAGCACCUGCACUUUGGAGAUGAAGAUAAUAAAGUUUUGUUAGUGAAAAAAAAAUACCAUUAAAUUAUUAAUUAUUUUGUGUCA